GAAAUAUCGUCCGUAGGGAAUCCGCUCCCUCUUAUUACCACCGGCUCGCGCCCGAGGGUUGUCUCCUUCCCACCAUCUCUGCCUGAAAUAUCGAAAUCCAAGUCUAAUUUUCUUUGCCCUAAUUUUCACUUGAGAUUUCAAAGUAACGAAGCUUCUCUGCACUUUCACUCUGCUCAAGCAACUUCCUUCACAAAUCCACUCUUGGUCGACUCUGACUUUCUGUUCAAUCAAGGUCACAGCACAGUGAGACGAAGAUCUGGAGCUAUAUAUAAUGAUCCACCGCCUCUGAACUUGGCCGCAGUGGUGCUCGAAAAAGCUUCGACAAUGGCGACUUGUGAGAAAGGCAAGUUUUUUAUCUCAAUCUGUUUUCUUUUCCUGUUGGUUUCGCCGUCUAGGGCUUUUGUGAACUCGAACUCGGCUGUGAACCAAAAGGGGGCUGAGGAUGAGAAUAGAAAUCACGCUGAUGAAUCCAGCGUGUUGGAUCAGCACCGUCGUCUGCUGGAACAGCUGGAGGAGAUGGUGAGAAACCUUAGCGAGCUGGUGUCUAGGUUAGACUCGCGUCUUCCGGAGACGCCGAGGGCUGGACGUGUAGAUGAAAAGCACAGUGUUGAGGAAACUAAUUAUGUUCGGGGGAAUGUUAAAAUCGAUUCAAACAAUUACGAGGGCGGUCAUUUGGUUGAAGGGAUCAAGGAGAGUGAAGAUGGUUUAGAUGGUGGUAAGGUUAGGGAUGGGGAAAGGCCGGGAGCGGUGUCAAUUACCAAGUACAGUCCAUUUUGGUCGGAGGGAUUUCAUCAUGUGUCGGCAUUGAAACUGAAUUUUGAUGCUACUUGCAUUAAUGUAUUGCCAUUUAGAGAUUACGAGGGCUUGAGCAAGUAUGUCGCGGUUGGCAAUGCGGGGGGGAAGGUUUAUGUCUUUUUGCGGAAUGGUGAUGUUGCUGCCGAGUUUUAUACUUUGUCGGAUUCACCUAUUACUGCCAUGUUGUCAUAUAUGUCUGUUUACAAGAAUGAGAGCUUUGUCGUUACAGGGCAUAGUAAUGGUUUAAUCUCAAUGCAUAGAGUUUGGGAGGCAUCAAGUGGAGAGGAGUGGACUUCACUGUCUACUGAAAAUGUUCGCAAAUUUGCUAUAGAAGAAAAUGUGGAUGAUGGGUCAUCGAUAACAAUGUUGGAAGUGCAUCAUGUUGGGAGGAUCAGGUAUCUUUUGUGCACUGAUGUUAGUGGGAAGAUUAGGGUUUUUAGAGAGAACGGAAUGCUCCAUGGGUUGGGCGUUCCAACAAGAAGACCACUUGCAUUCUUGAAACAAAGGCUUUUAUUUCUGACAGGGACUGGUGCUGGAUCACUGGAUUUGAGGACCAUGAGAAUCAGGGAGACUGAAUGCGAGGGGUUGAACCAGUCUUCUGUUGAGAGAUAUGUUUUUGAUGCAACAGACAGGUCAAAGGCAUAUGGUUUUACGAGCCAAGGUGAUCUGAUCCAUGUGUUGUUACUGGGGGAUAUUGUGAACUUCAAGUGCAGGGUUAGGUUCAAAAGGAAGUUUGAAAUGGACAAGCCUCUAGCCUUACAGGCAAUUAAAGGGUAUUUGCUAAUUGUUAACCAAGAGAAGGUGUUUGUGUAUAAUGUCUCAUCAAUGCAUUACGUUAGGGCUGGAGGCCCCCGGUUUCUUUUCUCAGCUGGUUUUGAUGAGAUCAGGUCAUCAUUUCUUCAUUAUCAACCUAUGCACAUGGACAAGCAAAAGAGGACAGAAAUACCUUUACUAGCUAGUGACCAUGAGAAGUUUGUUAUUCUUGGUCUUGGGGGUGGGUAUUUGGGAAUGUAUCGCUCCAAUCUUCCAGUUUUUAAAGGGGAAUUCAAUACAAUGCUAUGGACCAGUCCACUAUUUUUCUUUGUUCUUUUCCUCUUUGGAGCAUGGCAAUUUUUUGCCAAGAAGAAAGAAGCACUUACUUCAUGGGGCCCAGAUGAUCCUUUUACCUCCACAUCUAUUAGUAAUGCAGUUCCAUUAGGUUCUGGCCCUGUUGACAGAUCUUUUAACGAGGCUCCGAGAACUGGUGAUGUUAUGGAUCUGAGAGGUGGUGGUAUAAGAGGCCAAUCAAGAAGGUUUGUGUCUCCAUCUGGAUAUCAUGGUGGAUCAGCUAGUUCCUAUAGGCCUACUGUGGCAGAUGCCAACUCUAGACCUUCUGUUGAUCCUAAUUAUAGAACGCCAUCUGAACUGAAAUUUAGGGGAUCAAAUCUAGAAUCUACAGGCUUUCAUAAAAGAAGAGAGAGUUUCUUUGCAAACAAUUCAGUCGUGGAUGAUAGCCACUGACUUGCCUGAUCAGUGGCCUGAACUGUUACUAGAUCCAGUCAAUGUUGUUUUUAAGUUUAACCUUAUAAUCUCGCCUUUUGCUUGCAAUGGUCAUAAACUUUGUAAUUUUGGUUGUCUGAGGAAGAAAUAAUAGGACUAUGUUAUACCAA